AUGUCCUCUAAAACCUCUUCCAAUGUGGACCUUGAUCCUAUCAUGACCAGAUGUAGAGACUUGACCACAAGCACUCAAAAGAAAAUCGAGGAUCUCUACAUGCUUACAAAAGACAUGAAUGUCUGCAUGCUAACCACACACACUGUCGAUUCUGGUGCACUUGUCAGUCGUGCAAUGCAUGCUUGCAAGCCUCAAAGUAGUGAUACUCCUGCUGACAUAUGGUUCUUUGCCAAUGUCGUAAGCAAGAAAUUCGAAGAAAUCAAAAAGAAUCCAAGUGUCAAUAUUUCCUAUGUUAAGCAAUCUACCAUGGAAUGGAUCAGUAUUGCUGGGCACGCCACACAUGUCACUGAUAGAUCGAAAAUAAAAGAGCUCUACCGACCUGAACUAAAGAUUUGGUAUGGCGAUCUUGGAGAUGGAGUUCAUGACAGCGGUCCAGAUGAUCCUCGUAUUAAUCUUAUUCAUGUCAAGGCAGACACAGUGAGCUAUUCCAUUAAGGAUGUGGAAGAAGGAUCCGAGGCUUUUGAUAUGGCCAAGGCAAUGCUGACUGGCCAGGUUCCUAAACUUGUAUCUUUCCGUACCCUUAGUUCUGAGGAGCUGUCCAAAUCCCGUUCCUCUGCAUAGGAGAAACUUCUAUGUUGUCUAAAGAGGAGAAACAGAAGUUUUUUUUUUCAUUAUAAAGAAGUCAUGUUAAUUCCUAAACAUAGGGGCGGUUAGAUAAUUUACUCGUCGUAUUCAAUAUAAAAUGAGUUUAUUACAAAUGCAU